AUGGCUGUGUUUUCUACAACACCACAAGAGUUACGCAUAGACAUCAACGAUCAAAGGAGUAUGAAUAACGAUAAUUCUUCUCUACAAAAUUGUGCUGGAAAGUUGAGGCUCUAUCUCUCACUUGGCGCAACACAAGCUCUCUUUGCUGGAUUCGAAGUUUUGAGCCGAGUAGCUCUCGACCAAGGCGUGGGAAAGACGGCGUUCACGUUUUACAGGAAUUGUCUCGCCACCAUCGUGUUGGGAAUCUCUGGAAUCAUCUUCGAGCGCAAGAACUGGAGGAAGCUCACUUUCAAGGAGGUUUUCUACUUCUUUUUCCUAGGGUUCUUGGGGGUGACGAUGAACCAGCUUUGUUACCUGGUCGGCCUGGGUUUGACGUCGGUCAUGGUUACAUCUGCCAUCCGCAACUGCAUCCCUAUAAUGACGUUUGUUCUUGCGUGUUUCUUCAAGCUGGAAAAGGUUGACUUGAGACAAAGGCAUGGCAUCGCCAAGCUCUCGGGAGCGCUGAUCGGUCUUGUUGGUUCAAUCAUCUUGUCGAUCUACAAAGGUCCCGUGGUUCUUGAGGGCAAAUUCGCAGUCUUCCACACCAAGGAUGAUCAAGGCUCGUCGGCGAUCGUCUCCAACAUUGUGGAGAGCCAUGUACUCCACCUCUUCACUGGCGAGCUCCACUAUAAGAUGGUUUCAUGGCAUCUGGGAGCAAUCUUUCUCCUCCUAUCGGGCCUCUCUUUUGCGCUCUUUCUCAUCCUCCAGGCUCCAGUACUCAAAUCUUUCCCAGCUCCAGUAACUUUCGCUUCCAUGUCGUGCCUCUCGAGUGUGAUCCAGCUCCCGGUUGUUGGAGCGGCGUUUGAGCCACAGUGGAGCUUGUGGACGAACAUCAAACUCGGGGAAGCUCUGAGCAUCGUCUACGCAGGAGUAAUUGGAUCGGGGAUUGUAUCAGGGAUUCAAUCGUGGGCGGUGAAAGAAGGAGGCCCGGUGGUAGUGGCAGCGUAUCAACCACUGGAAACUAUUAUCACGGCGUGUCUAAGCUAUUUUUUCUUGAAGGAAAGCUUGCGAUUGGGAACUCUGGUGGGAGGGCUCACGAUUAUCUUCGGCUUAUACUUGCUCAUAUGGGGGCAGAGAAAGGAACGCGAGGCAAAUGAGGAGGUUACGAGGAAAGCCACAGAGAUUACUCUAGUUCUACAGCCUAGUCGGCGAGCUAGCUUUAUCAAACCAGCUCAGCGAUUUGUUUCCCCGCGGAUAUACAUCAGCCACUAUUUGCAUGAGGGGAUUUUAAAAUUGGCGCGCAAAUGGUUUGUGAACAACGGGCAUUUGGAGGACGUGGGGGAUCCAGAUGAUGGCGGCCUACGCAAGGUGGCGGAGGCGAGCGAGAUCUUCAACUGGAUGGCGGAGCUUGAUGUUCAUGACGAGGCCAACGAGAUGCUCCAGAGCUCACAGUGCUAG